AAGACGUGAGCUGGGAAAACCACAGAGCUCAGCCUUUAAUGCUGACGUAUCACUGUGUCUAUGUGUGGGAUAUAACAACUUGAGGAAACAACUUCUUCAGCUUAAACAAGAUAACCUAGCAAACAGCUAAGCAGAUUAUCUGACUAGUAAAAAUCUGAGUGACACCAUAAAUAUUAAUUUUGUUCUAGGCCUGGACUCACAGCAGGAUAAAAUAUUCAUGUUAGUGCCCAACGUUUCAUAAAGGAUGAAGAUAGAUGCUGCUUUGGUUUUCGGUCUUCUGUGCUUCCACUUCAAAACACUGCAUGGGCAAAUCAUCAUAACUCACCCUGUCUCCGAAUCACAGAAGUGCUCAAAUUUGCAAGACAGAGGGGCAAAAGGAGGUGAUGGAAACUGUUCAUCUCAUACAGCUUGUAAUAAAGACAAUCUCACUGAAGACCUCCUUUCUCAUUCUCAGAAAAUUGAUGAAUUCCCAAAAGAAAACUUCACAUUUCACUGCCCUUUGCCUAGCCGAGUGAAAGCUUUUCGUAUGAGACUACUGAAAGGACAGAGAGAAGUCUGUGUUUUCUAUAAAGAUAACGGGCAAAUAAAUUGCACGUGUAAGGAGUUUUGUGAUGUAAUGCCUCAUGAUGGUAGAGUAUCAUUCCAACUGAAAAAUUUAAAUAGCAAACACAGUGAUACUUACACCUGCUGCCUAGAAAUCGUUUCCCCAAUCUUUUCUCGGUGUAAAGCAGGUGAAAAACAUCUAUAUAUUGAAGAUCCAGCAGAAUCCUACUCAGCGAAACCAUGCUUGUUUUCCGAAUUGAACUCAUGGAUACUUGUUGGAUUCACUGCAUUUUGCCUUGUGGCCUGCAUCUUCUGUUUAAUAGUUUGUAGCUUCAGAAAUGUGGUCUGCCGACAUGUCAAAAGUUCUCAUGAUUACAACAAUGAAUAUAUGUCUAUGGCAGCAGUCAAACCCAGUUAAAUGCUCAGCAACCUGAAGCCUUUGACAACAACAUGAAGAAAUGUCCCAGUCUUCUAAAUCAAAGUGACGUCUGAAAUUACUCUUUUUGAUUAACUUUUUUUUUCUGGUGUCCUGAUCUCACAUACCACUGUACCAGAGUUUUGAGCAAUAGUAAUGAACUGCCAGGAGCCAGAAUGAAGUAUCAGAGCUACGUAUUUUCCUCUUUCAUCUUCCUGUAUAGUCUGGAGGAAGAGUCCUGCCAAGUUAACUUUCACUUCCAAUUAAACUAAGGACCUCAUCACACGGAGGUCCAAAUGGUAGGUGUUAGCUUGGGGAUUCACCAUGCAGUGAAACAAAUCUGAUAGACAGUGGGGGGGAAUGUGUCGCUCUGUGCCCCGCAUCACCCCUUACCCAUCCCACAGGGGGAAGCAUCACUGCUCAGCUUCCCCCCUGUUCUUGCCCCAUUCUUCUCAAUGAGAACACAGGAAGUCUCCCUUGUUCUCAUUGUUUCAUCUUAUGAUGGUUUCACCACAGCUGAGAGAUAGAGUCCCUCUGGAAGUAGAUGUACAUCAUUUAAUGGGAUCCAAUGGGCUCCAUCCUUCAACUGUGGUGAAAGUUUCAUAUGAUGGGUAAAUUUACCUGUGUGAUGAGGUGAUAAAGCAUAUUGUUGCAUUCAAGGUACACACUGUGGUUUAAAACACCCCGCCCCCUCACCAAAUAGUUAAACAGGAGGAGAAUCCAGAAAAGGUUUGGAUUACAUGUGCCUUCACAUGAAGCAGAGUUUGUAUUUUUAAGACACAAUCUCUAGUGCAAACAGAAAGACAGUGAAAGCUACUAAACUCAAUAGGUGUUCUCUCUCUGAUCAUUAUGGACCAAGCGGUACAUUUAGAUUAUGCCCCAUCAUGGGCUGAAUCAUUUUGAUACAAACAGAAUAUCCCUUAUAUAAAGUGUUCGGGACCAUAAGUAUUUUGGAUUUUAGAUUUUGUUUGGAUUUUGGAAUACCUGUAUCUGCAUAUAUGUACAUAAUGAGAUAUCUUGGAGGCAGGACCUAAAUCUAAACAUAAAAUGAAUUGUAUUCAGACACAUAGCCUGAAGGUAAUUUUGCACAAUAUUUUAAAAUAAUUUUGUAGAUGAAGCAAAGUUUGUGUAUAUUGAACUACCAGAAAGUGAAUGUGCCAGAUUUCAGAGUAUUUUGAAAUUCUGCAUAAGGGAAUAAUGAUCAACCUGUCUUUAGUAGAUGUAGCUUUAAGUAGGCAAUAUGAGAAUACUAUUAUUCUAUCUAUUGUGAAAUAAAAAUAAUUUGCCUUUUUAUCUCCAAACAAGCAGCCACAGAGCUGGGAAAGUCUAGGACAUGCUAGAUCUUAGCUGUUAGCUCCUUCUAUGCAUUGGGAAGGUAUUUGCUUUCAGAACUACAAGAGGGUACAUUAUGUUGAAAUUCAGCCAAGAGAAAGGAGUUCCAAAAUGGAACAUCUAAUAUAUUUGCCUGAUAUUAUAUACUUGUGAUUACUCAAUUUGCCUAUCAAUAAUGGAUUAUAAUUAUUGUGACAGAGAUGUUUGACAAUUAAUGUUUCUAGUGUGUAUAUUGUAUGAGGAGUGUUCAUGUCAACCCAGGUUUUUUGACUUUAUAAAAUAAAAUAAAAUAAAAGAUUUUCUAGGAGUGGAAA